GCAAUUGCGCCUAUAUAAAUUAAAUUGACUUUUAUAUUAAUCACUAUAACUGGGGUAAGUUGGGAACGCAUCAACUGGACUGAACAGAAGCGGAGAAAAUUCUGAAAAUGAAGUUGAUUGCCCUGUUAUUGGUAAUAGGAAUGGUGAAGAUGGUGGUUGGCCAGACUCCAGCAACAACUCCGUUUAUCCAAUUCUCAUGCUCCAUUACGAAUCUCGGGGAGAAGCAAAUAUAUGUGAGACUUGAUGAAGCAGCUGGCACCCCCUUGAACUCUGUUUACGCCGAUGGAAUGAAAGGAACUUGUGAUUUUGUGAAAGAUGCGGGGGGUGGUGCUUUCUGGGAGUAUACCUUUGACGUGACAAGCGGAGUUGCUUCGGCUGAUUACGCAAAAUGUGGAAUGACGAACGUCGGAGAGGUGUACACAGUUCGGGUCAUUACCCAGGAAGGAGCGUUCAUUCAAACGUCACAAGAUUACCAAUUUGAUGUGACGGACAAUGCGUGUGACUUUGCUACCAUUACUAACACAGUUUCGUUCACUUUGACGUCUGCGUCAACGAGUCUGUUACCUGGGACGAGUACAUUGACUCAAGCUACCGUGACUCUUGAAGUAGUGGGCGUGGCAACUGGAGGCGGCGAAACUGUGCUUGCCAACGGCGCCGUUCUGAAUCUACAAACCUAUCCGGAUAUCAAACUGAGGCUCACUAUGACGGACAACAGUAGAGCCUUUAAGGGAAUUACUGUUGGACGUUGUAUUGCCUACCCAAGCAUAUCUCCACUCUCCACUAACCAAGGCAUCACAAUCACAGAUACAGACGGAUGCGGAUGGUUGGAUAUCGCAAGUGGUGGACUCUUCGAUACUACAGCCAAAUUAGUUGGUUCCACAUCUGCUACAGAUUACAUUGUGGAAACAGAUACGACCAUGAGAUCGUUCCAUUUUCCCAAUAUCGACACGCUCUACUUCGAGUGCACAUACGAGUUUUGCACGGCGGGAGACCUCGCUACAAAAUGUGAUGUGACGACAUGUUCGAAAAGGAAAAGAAGAGCAACUAACACUACAGCCAUCGCCAACAGCUCAUUGGAGAAAAAAGUCCGAGUUGGCUACAGAGUCAUCAAUGAAGCCAGCUCCACAAACAACAUCGACCCAUUCGAGGGGUAUGCCCCUGUGGCCAAUAAUGGAACACCGUCUAGCUCGAGUACAGUAUCGUGCCUACAGAGUUUAGAAUUCCUUGUGGUUGUUGUCAUUUUGAUCAUUCUUCUGGUAGCUGCAAUAGGUGUCGCCAUAUUCGCCACAUUUAAAGGCAGGCAGAGAUUUGAGAAAGACGUACAUGUUGACCAUGUUUAUGAUAACAGAGGAGCACGACAUUAGACUAACGGAAUCCCCAAAGGAAUACGACCGUGAACUUGACAAACAUAAAUACAAUUAGAGAGAACGCUUUUACUUGCUUUAGACUUGAAUCAGCAUGUAGAAAAAUAAAAAUCUGUCAUUAUCUCACGAGCAGCGAUCCACGUACCAAUGGAAAGUUAAUGGAUUCUAAUAUGCAUAUUGAGAUUUACCAAAAAAUGUCUUUGGCCCGAAGAAUAGCUUCUGUGUAAAGGGCUAUCAAUCAUAUUGCAAUAUGAUUUACUAAGUAUUGUAUUCAAGCCAAAAUCGCUUAUUAAAAUUCUUCUAACACUAGGCCUACAUACUAGGCGUACUUUAAAAUGGUAGCGUUUUCGGUAUGUAUCACUUUUAAGUAUAAAUAAGGCAAUAUACACAUUCAGGGUGUCCGAAAACCGACUUCAUCGAUUAGUUCUGCACCUAUUUUGAUCAAAGCUAUACCAUAAUCACGAUGCAGUAUCCAUACUAUGCACGCAGUUUGAAACCCUGACAAACUGCGCGCCUAUUUAAAAAUGGCAGACGGGGAGUACACGACUCCCAUAAGGAUGAAAAGUUCUGGAAAUACAUGAAUAGUUUUGUUUAUCAGACAUUUCCAUUAUGUGGAGACUAGCUUACUUAACAAGUAGCCCUCGAUUUUUUCCUGGUGUAAACCAGCUAGUUAACUCAAUAUAAGGUUCCCAAGGAGCUUUCCCUUUUUUUGAUUUAUCUGUUUGUUGUAACUUGAAGUUUAUUUAGCCCUUGUGUUCGCGUAUACUGAAAGAUACAGGAUUGCUGCAUAUAGUUUAAGUAAUAUAGUAUUUUCUAUUUCUGUGAAAAAUGCGACAUCUUAAC